AUGACCUCUUUAAACGAAUAUACCGAUGAACAGCUGAACUAUUACAGAAUUUGUUGUGUAACUACUGAUAUACUAGCGGAGGGUCUGAGAGAAAUAUUUAAACAAGAAUGGGACAAACUGUACAAAUCAACAAAAGGAGAAUGGAAAGACGAGCCUCGUAAUGGAAUGGACUUUUAUCACGGAGAGUCUCCUCGAAAUCAAAAAAGAAACGCUCGUCUUUUGGACACUAUGAAAAAUGGAAACAGAGGGGAAUGGGAUUGUACAAUGCUGUUUUACGCUAUCCUUUUCUCUGAUUGCGUUGGGCCACGUCUUAGCGCAAUAGUCAGUAAAAAUGUGGAUGAUCUACGAAAUUUCAGGAAUGAAGAAUUCGCUCACAUGCCACAAGGUAGUCUCCCUGAGAUAGAUUUUCAGAAUGCUAUUAGCAAAGUUGAUGUUGCGUUUCAAGCGCUUAGUCUUCCCACUGUAAAAAUUCAAGACCUAAAAUGUCAGAAAACAUUUCCAACAAAAGAUUUAACAAAGGUCUUGAAAGUAGUUGAUAAUCUGAAACAAGAAGUUCAAGAAAAAGAGAGUCAGCGCCAGGUCCUUGAAAAUCAGCUCCAAAACGAAGCCCCCUUAUUCUGUGUUCUCCCUCCUAAACCUUUGCAUGAAAUCGGUGGUCAUGAAAGGGAAGUAGCAAAAGUAGUCCAACAGCUGAGGGAACUUAAUGAGUCCAGUGACAACAGGUUGAGUUAUCUAUACAUCUCAGGGAAUCCUGGAAGCGGAAAGUCACAACUAGCUGGCCUUGUAGCUGAGAGAUUCUUCGACGACCUCAAAGAAAUGCCAGGUGGGUCAUCAUUUGUAAUGACCUUAAAUGCUGCAAGUCUAGAUUCACUUCUGGAGUCGUAUGCCUCAUUUGCUCGCCAUUUAAAGUGCCCAGACUAUUCAAUUGCGGAAACCCUCAGCUCAAAGGACUCGACCGUCGACGAAAAGAUCACUCGUCUUAAGAUGCUUGUCGCUGUAAAAAUUACUUGUUACACGUCGUGGUUACUGGUGGUUGACAAUGUCACUACCAUGUCAUCUGUGCACGUCCAUUUACCACAGUUUAAUUCAAAGGCUUGGGAAAGAGGCCAUUUGCUGAUUACAACGCAGGACACAACAUCAAUUCCCUCAAAAAGCUCUUUCGUUAAUCACAUCUCAGUAAGCCAAGGUAUGGAGCCCGAUGAUGCCCUUUCAUUAUUGUCCAAACUUUCUGGUACCCCAGAUAGCGAGCUGGUAGGAACAGUAGCACAAAGACUGGAUUACCAGCCCCUUGCUUUGGCAGGCGCUGCCGUCUUUGUUAAAGAGAUUCGGCAGGACAAAGCAUCAACGCAUUUUGGGUGGGAGGAAUACCUAAAGAUCUUAGAAAAGGGCAAAAGACAGAAAACGGAGGAUGCAUUUGUCGACACCAAUCCAAUUUACCCAAAUUCAAUGACCAAAGCAAUAACGUUAGCCGUCGAAACACAGAUGAGAUCCGACAAAGUUCAAAAACACCUUUUCACUUUUCUUGCCCUCUGCGCUCCACGACCAUUGAACGUCGACAUAGCAGUUAGUUACAUCAUGAACGCACAUGAAGAGUUUGAUGAAGCGGACAAAGAAUUAAUUCGCAUGAGAUUAAAAAGAAGCUCACUUCUGCUCUUCCAAGAUGACGAGGGUGGCUGUUUUCUUCGACUUCACCAGGUUGUGCAUGAUGCUAUAAAAACUGUAGUAAAAGAGUAUCCAGAAAGCCAAACCGAUGAGGUCGUUAGUAGGGUCAUUACAUCAUUUAACGAAUUUAUCGUCGCAACUCCACCAGAGAGUAAGCGACCAAACACCAGACACAUCGCUCCACAUUUGAAAGCUUUAACUACAGUAACUGACAAAGUGUUUUUGAGAGAUAAUUUCUCUCAAGUUCAUGAUAAGGAGAUUUCCGAAAAAUGCGAAAACCUUGGAAAUAUUUGUCAAAUGCACUGUGAGUUCAAAGAAGCAAAAACAUAUUUUCAAUAUUCACUCACUUUUAAGCUUCAAGAGCUCGGCCAGGAGCAUGUUGAUGUUGCAACAAAGUACAAUAACUUAGCUUCGAUUUACCAGGAUUUAGGUGACUUUGAGCAAGCCAAGGAAUAUCAGCAACGUGCUCUGGACAUUGACCUGGACAAGCUCGGCCCGGAACAUGUUCAUGUUGCAAGAAGCUAUAGUAACUUAGCUUCGAUUUACAAGGAUUUAGGUGAGUUUGAGCAAGCCAAGGAGUAUCAGCAACGUGCUGUGGUCAUUGACCUGGACAAGCUCGGCCCGGAACAUGUUGAUGUUGCAAGAAGCUAUAAUAACUUAGCUUUGAUUUACACGGGUUUAGGUGACUUUGAGCAAGCCAAGGAGUAUCAGCAACGUGCUCUGGACAUCGAACUGGACAAGCUUGGCCCGGAACAUGUUGAUGUUGCAAGAAGCUAUAAUAACUUAGCUACGAUUUACCAGCAUUUAGGUGACUUUGAGCAAGCCAAGGAAUAUCAGCAACGUGCUCUAUACAUCCAAGUGGACAAGCUCGGCCCGGAACAUGUUGAUGUUGCAAGAAGCUAUAAUAACUUAGCUUCAAUUUACCAGCAUUUAGGUGACUUUGAGCAAGCCAAGGAGUAUCAGCAACGUGCUCUAGACAUCGAACUGGACAAGCUUGGCCCGGAACAUGUUGAUGUUGCAAGAAGCUAUAAUAACUUAGCUACGAUUUACCAGCAUUUAGGUGACUUUGAGCAAGCCAAAGAGUAUCAGCAACGUGCUCCGGACAUUGACCUGGACAAGCUCGGCCCGGAACAUGUUAAUGUUGCAAGAAGCUAUAAUAAUUUAGCUUCAAUUUACCAGGAUUUAGGUGACCUCGAGCAAGCCAAGGAGUAUCAGCAACGUGCUCUAGACAUAAAACUGGACAAGCUUGGCCCGGAACAUGUUAAUUUUGCAACAAGCUAUAGUAACUUAGCUACGAUUUACUACCAUUUAGGUGACUUUGAGCAAGCCAAGGAGUAUCAGCAACGUGCUCUGGACAUCCAAGUGGACAAGCUCGGCCAGGAACAUAUUAAUGUUGCAACAAUGAAUAAUAACUUAGCUUUGAUUUACCAGGAUUUAGGUGACUUUGAGCAAUCCAAGGAGUAUCAGCAACGUGCUCUGGACAUUACCCUGGACAAGCUCGGUCCGGAACAUGUUAAUGUUGCAAGAAGUUAUAAUAACUUAGCUUCGAUUUACCAGGAUCUAGGUGACUUUGAGCAAGCCAAGGAGUAUCAGCAACGUGCUCUGGACAUUAAACUGGACAAGCUCGGCCCGGAACAUGUUAAUGUUGCAAGAAGUUAUAAUAACUUAGCUUCGAUUUACCAUGAUUUAGGUGGCUUUGAGCAAGCCAAAGAGUACCAGCAACGUGCUCUGGACAUUCAGCUGGACAAGCUCGGCCCGGAACAUGUUAGUGUUGCAACAAGCUGCAGUAACUUAGCUUUGAUUUACCAUGAUUUAGGUGACUUUGAGCGAGCCAAGGAGUACCAGCAACGUGCUCUGGACAUUAAAGUGGACAAGCUCGGCCCGGAACAUGUUAAUGUUGCAACAAGCUACUGUAACUUAGCUUUGAUUUACCAUGAUUUAGAUGACUUUGAGCGAGCCAAGGACUACCAGCAACGUGCUCUGGACAUUAGAGCCGACAAGCAC